AUAAAGGAGAUCAAAUGGGGGGAUGUCGGAGGUUGGACCGGCCAAGGAGGCUCGCUGCUGGGGACAAAACGAACUCUCCCUGGAAAAUAUCUGGAUAAGAUCGCUGAGCAGAUUAAGAUCCACAACAUCAACGCCCUGCUGGUCAUCGGAGGAUUUGAGGCCUUUGAGUCCCUCCUGAAGCUGUUCGAGGCCCGGCUCCACCACGAGGAGUUUUGCAUCCCGAUGUGCAUGCUGCCUGCGACGAUUAGUAACAACGUGCCAGGCACCGACCUCAGUCUCGGAGCCGACACGGCGCUCAACGCCAUCGUGGAGACGUGUGAUCGCAUCAAGCAGUCGGCCAGCGGCACCAAGCGCAGGGUCUUCAUCAUCGAGACGAUGGGGGGGUACUGUGGGUACCUGGCCACCGUGGGGGGGCUGGCUUCCGGAGCCGACACCGUCUACAUCUACGAGGAACCGUUCGACAUCCGGGACCUGCAGGCCAACGUGGAGCAUCUGACGCAGAAGAUGAAGACGUCCAUCCAGAGAGGACUGGUGCUCAGGAAUGAGAACUCCAAUGAGAACUACACCACUGACUUCAUCUACCAGCUGUACACCGAGGAGGGGAAGGGGGUGUUCGACUGCCGGAAGAACAUCCUGGGUCACAUGCAGCAGGGAGGAGCUCCGUCUCCCUUUGACAGAAACUUUGGCACUAAAGUAGCCGCUAAAGCCGUUCAGUGGAUCUCACGGACGCUCAAGGACUCUUACAAAGGAGGUAAGACGAAACAUGAUGAGACAUUUAUUAUUUCUGGUCUGUGUGUGAGUGUGUCUUACCUUAAAGGUCACCUAUUAUGCUAAAUCCACUU